GGGCCAGCGCAAACCUUUCCAAGGCCAGCGGCUCCUUGUCGCGGAAGGUUAUUGCAGGCGAAGCCCCGCUCGGGCUCCGGGAGCUGUGCGCGAAGCACCAGCGGCACGCGCGGGUCCCCGGCUCCUAGCCGCAGGGUGCGGGUGCCCGCCGACCCAGCAAGCGAGCGCUGGAGGAGGAAGGGUGGGCGCUCGGGCGGCGGGGAGGCGGAUCCCGGGGGCAGCAAGGGCCACGCUGCGGUGCAGGCGGCGGGACUGCAGUGCAUCUCUCCCAAGAAAGCCCACACGCUCACACGCCCGCGCGCGCAAGCACGUGCACACCGUGGGCAGCGAGAACACAAGCGCGCCAGAGCCCUUGAGUGCGGGACGCGUUUCAGCGAUGGCUUCUGCCCUCAACAGCAAAAUUCACGCGCCCGGGACUUGCCCGGGCUCCAAAGCCGAUGCCUGCAGUGGCGCAGGCUGGAGAAUGGAUUGUGAUCCCGAGAUGCACGUGAAAAUGUGCAAGAAGAUUGCCCAGCUCACCAAGGUGAUCUACGCGCUGAACACCCGCCAGGACGAAGCCGAGGCCAGCAUGGAGGCGCUGCGGGAGGCCCACCAGGAGGAGCUGCGGAGCGCGGUGGCCGAGACCCAGGCCAGGCUCCUGCAGGAGCAGGGCCGCGCGGGCGAGGAGGCCCUGCGGCAGCGCAUCCAGGCGCUGGAGAGCGCCCUGGAGCUGCAGAAGCGUAUGACGCAGGAGGCGCUGGCCCAGUCGGCCACAUGCAGGCUGGAGACCAAGGAGAGGGAGCUGAGGGUGGAGGCCGAGCAUGCCGAGCGCGUGCUCACCCUCUCCAAGGAGAUGCUGGAGCUCAAGGCCGACUACGAGAAGAGGCUCCGGCACCUGAGCGGCCAGGAGGCGCCCCGGUGGAGCCCGGAGCCAAAGGCGGAGCCCGGCAGCGGCGGCGGCGGCCUGGAGAUGCGGGAGGUCCUGCUGGAGGUGGAGCGGCUGCGGGCCGAGAACCAGCAGCUGAGCAAGGACUAUGCCCGCAAGGCCGAGGAGCUGCAGGCCACCUACGAGCGGGAGAACGAGGCCAUCCGGCAGGCCAUGCAGCAGUCGGUGAGCGAGGCCCUGUGGCAGUGGCAGGAGAAGGAGACCGACCUCCGGAAGAACUUCCAGGUCCAGGAGUCGGCCCUGCAGGCCCAGGUCCGGAAGCUGGAGGGGGAUCUGGAGCACAGAGGCCGCAGGAUAAGCGACCUGAAGAAGUACGCCCAGAAGCUGAAGGACAGGAUCCAGGACCUGGAUGUGCAGCUCAAGGAGGCUCGCCAGGAGAAUUCAGAGUUGAAAAGCACUGCAAAAAAGCUUGGGGAGAAGCUGGCUGUGGCUAAAGACAGGCUGAUGCUGCAGGAGUGUCACAUGACACAGAAAACCGAUGACAUGAAGAUGGAGAGAGUUCCAGAGAAUGAAGUCCUUGAGAAAGAGAAUGAUUUGGAAUCCCACCGUGGCUAUCCACAGCAAGAUCAGAACUUUCUCAAGGAGUGCCCGUGCACCAAAGGAGGCCCAGAUACACAGACCAAGAAAGAGGCAAGUAUUGAGACGGAACAUAUGAAGCAGCAAUACGAAGAAGACCUUCGUAAAAUCAAACAUCAGACAGAAGAGGAGAAGAAACAUCUCAAAGAGCAGCUGGUGAAGCGGCUGGAGGACUUGGUGAAGAAGCACUCAGUGGAGAUCAGAUCCGUGUGUGCGACCGUGGAGGCUGAAAGGAAGAGGCUGCAGAAGGAAGUAGAAGCACAGCUGGAGGAAGUGAAGAAGAAAUCAGAAAGUGAAAUAAAGCACCUUGAAGAGGAAAAAACCGCCCUGAGUGUAAAGCUCCAGAAUUCACUGCUUGAGGUUUUACGGCUGGAAGAAUUUAUCCAACAGAAUAAGGUACAUCCGCCAAGAGGUGAUGAAAGGCCCCAGGAAUUGGACCAUCAGCAGUGCAGCAUUUUCGAGACCCAGGAUCCGUGCUUGAAGUCGAAUGAACCUUCCCAGACUCUGCCCAGAGGAGAGGAGUAUCCAGAUAAGGUAGCAGCUGGAGAAGGAACCAGCAGCGACAAGGAAGAAAGGAUCGAAGUGCCCCUCAAAGAGGGAGUUGACCUGCAGCCUCCACUGGGCCCUUUGCCGAAGGAGAAGACACUGGACCUUGAGCGUCUGCAGGAGGAAUGGCAGAGCCAGAAAGCCAGACUACAAGCCCAGGUCUUGCAGAUGCAGCAGGCUCUGGAGCAGUGCGCCAGCAGCUACCGGGAGGACCUGCGGGAACUCAAGCAGCUCUCAGACCAAGAGCGGGAGCAGCUGCAGCGCGAGCUCCAGGAGACGGUUCAGCAGAACCAGGCUGCGAGAGCUCAGCUCGAGGCUUCCCACCAGCGAGCCCUCCGCGUGCUUGAGAAAGCCAAAAACCAGGAACUCAAGGCCACAGAGGAGCGCUUGAAGAAGGAAUCCAGCCACAGCCUCCAGAUCCAGCACCAAGCACAUCGGCUGGAGCUGCAGGCCUUGGAGGAGAAGGCACGGCAAGAGCUCCAGGGGGCUCUGGAGAGGAUGCAGGCUCAGCAGGCGCUGCUGCUAGAGUCCCUGAGGCAGGAGCUGUCAGAGCAGCGGGCUGCCUGCUCUGAGCACCAGAAAGACUUGGAGAUGCUGCAGGCUGAGCGGAGGGCCCCAGGCAGCAUGGGCAGGUGGCAGGCCAUCACCCAGGAUCCAGGGGACAGCGAGGGCCACACCACCGGAGAGGAAGGAGGCUGCCCGGGCCAGGAAGCUCCCCCCAAAGGCAAGGGCGCCGUGGAACAGGAGCCUGGCGACGGAUGUGGCCUCUGGGAGGAGAACUCCCAGCUCAAGGAGGCCGUGCAGCGGCUGCAGGCGGAGGUGGAGCAGCACCAGCAGGAGGCGCUGCAGCUCCGCGACCAGCGCAGGCUCCUGGAGGAGGAUCAGCAAGCCCAGCGGGCCCGGGAGCUGGAGCUGCUACGCCAGGAACACCGGAAGGAGAUGCAGGCCAUGGUGGCCGAUUUCAGCAGUGCUCAAGCCCGGCUCCAGGCCCGGCUGGCUGCCCUGGAAACCGAACUGAAAGAUUCCGGAGAGAAGCCAGGGAAGGGGGCGUCCAGGCCGGAGGAUGUUCAGCUCAUAGGCCGAUUGCAGACCCGCCUGAAGGAGAGGGAGGAGAUCAUCAAGCAGCUCACGGAGGAGAGAAGAUUUCAUUACGCUGCGUUCCCCGGUGCAAUGUCCCAUCGGAAUCGGUCUUUCUCUUUCAAUCCUCACCCAGGGUAUUUGACCCCUUCUAUGAAGAAAAAGAAGAUGGAGGAAGUACCCAGCCGAGUGGUCAGCGUGCCAAACCUCGCUUCCUAUGCCAAGAACUUUCUGAGUGGGGACCUGAGCUCCAGGAUCAGCGCCCCUCCAAUAACUAAGUCACCCAGCUUAGACCCAGGCCCCAGCUGUGGCCGGCCUUACAAACCUACCCCGUCUCUAGAUGCGAAAACUGCCACAAGGGCACAAGAUGAUGAAACAGCCCAAUCCAAAGAAGUCCAGCAGAAACAGGGCUCAGCCCACCAGGAAUGGUUUACCAAAUAUUUUUCCUUCUAAACUAAUAGAAUGCUUGAAAAACAUCUCUUUGAAACAUCUGAUCGAAGGAGAAAAAAAAA